AUGGCGGACAUGAAUGGAGCCUCGAGCUUCCUGCCGACGAUAAAAUGUUCUAUGUGUGCUCGAGAUAUCGAGAUCUCUCAGAUGGGCGAUCAUGUGUGUAGUAGCUCUGGCGAACCGACGCCUCCACCAGAUUCAUAUGGCAGCUUUGAUAGAAUGCCAUAUAAGCAGACUCCCGUAAAUGAUCAAGGAUUUUUGAAGCCCGGUAGGGCGAUGCGUCCGAAGGUUGACACCUCCGCUGCAAAUCGUCCAUAUUUCCCUCAAGGCCAAUUAACACCCCAAAGUGCGACGUCAUCAACUGGUUCUCCCCUCGAUGGCCGCCGAUCACCGUUUGGACGACCGUUACGGAAUGCGACUGCUCCUUUACAAAGAGCGCCACCGUCUCCUGGACUACUCACGUCGAACUUGGACUGUGCCUUCCCUCCAUUUCCCCCAAAAAGUCCACAACCACGAUCUUAUAAAGCUGCGGAAAAUGGCGGCAUGGGGAAUAUAUAUGCGGAGCCGGACCAGAUAUAUGCGCCUGUCAGUCCGGAAACUGGUACUAAUGCUGGUCUCCUCAAGAGAAUGAAUACUAUUGCGCCUGGGCCCUUUGAUAUUAACAACCGAAGAAAACCGGAUGACCCUACAGCUCGGCGAGGACACCAGAGAAAAGGGACCGGAGCUAGUUUGGCUGAUAUGACCAUGUCUUCACGUUCCGAGGACUCAGGCAGGUCUAUCGCGCGACCUGGCACUGCAGGAUCUGGCCAUUCUAGGACAUCGACUAAUAGUUCAAAUGGAUUCAAAUUGGGUAUUUCUGCUCCUAAGGUCCCUAGCAAAAACGGAUAUGGAGGAUUUGGACCACCACUUGGGAGCGACGAUGCCUUCAACCAACGCUCGCUUUUUGAGAAUAGGUCACAGACAUUCCCAUUGCCGAACACAAGCCAGGAUGCGCCGUUUAGGAGACCCUCAGAACCCGGAUUUGGAUCACAAAUGAGAAAACCAUCUGGUUCUGGCCCGGAUCUGACAAGGCCUCUACCGCCACGCGGUGUAAGUCUGAUUAAACCCCGAGGAGACACACAGCCUGGUGAAACCCCCCCUAUGCCAGAAAACCUCGAUCUUGCCGCCGAAUUUGGAGUUGGAAAUCCCUAUCAUACACCCACAGAAUCUCAGUCUUCCGACGGUUCUGGAUACACUCAAGCAAGCAAGGCAAGCUCUCGAUCUAGCCCACCACGAUCAACCGGCCCUGGCCGACUGCGACGACAACCCUCUGAUACAACCCAGAUGGAUUUUUUGAUGUCUGAACUUCAAUCCUCUAUGACCUUACAACCCGAUGGGCCCGCCCCACGGCCAUCCCCACCAAAGGAUAACUCGAUAAUCGUACAGCAAUCCGCCAGGCCCUUAUACCCACAAAAUCGGAAUGAUAUUAUGCUCUCUCCAGAAUCUCCCAUGGACCCAACCUUCCAAGGAGAACGUCCGUCCCCUAGUAGUUUGGACAAUCUUGCUGGUACUAGGUUGGCGCUUCCGAAUAAGCCUCGGGAGGACCGUCCUCGACGUGCCACUGCUUCCAAGGGCAACUGCAAGGCCUGUGGUGAACCGAUCAAGGGCAAAUCAGUUUCAUCUGCGGAUGGGCGCUUGACUGGACGGUAUCAUAAACAAUGUUUCGUGUGUACGACUUGCAAGGAGCCGUUUCAAACCUCGACCUUCUACGUCAUUGACGAUGCGCCCUAUUGCGAGCGGCAUUACCACAAAUUGAACGGGAGCAUGUGCACCACAUGUGAUAGGGGGAUUGAGGGACAAUAUCUUGAAACGGAGAGGCAGCAAAAGUUUCAUCCCAGAUGCUUAACCUGCGCAGACUGUAAGAGGAGCUUGAGACACGAUUAUUUCGAAAUGGACGGUCGUGUAUACUGUGAGCGAGACGCAUUCAGGAGAGCCCAGAAAGGAAGAUUCCUCGGCGCUGCUGCUAGCGGAAGCAGCAGAAUGGAGCGUAGAACGACGCGAUUGAUGAUGAUGUGA